UCGCGACGCUCGCUCGCUGCAGUGGACCCGGACGACUGGACGACAAAGGAAGGAAGGCGCGAUCAUGAAGCUCCUCUCGAUGCUUUCGGCGAAGCCGAAGAAACUGAACAUGGUCCCGGUUACCAUAACGAAGAAGAAGCUGAAACAGAAGAAAGCCAAAUGGGACGCGCUGAGGAUAUCGUGCAUCGUCUUCGGCAUCUUCAUAUUCGUUGCGAUUGGGCUGAUAGCGACGCUGUCCAUCAUCGGGAUGAUGAAGACCAUCACCGUGUGGGAUCUGCUGCGCGAGGACAUCGCCGAGCAGAUGGGGGUGAUCGACAAGAAGCAUUCAGCGGCCAACAUCGAGAAGCUCAAACUAUCUCUGGACCAGGAAACAGUCUUCUCCUCGAUCUGCAUCAUCUUCACCGGCUUCAGCACUCAGCUGACCUUCGCCUGCAUCAUCCUCCUCUACGGUCUCUUCACCGUAAACCCGCAAGCGCUGCUUGCCUGGAUCAUCUACUCCGGCACGAACAUUAUCUACAUGAUCCUCUUCGUCGUCUUCGUGGAACGUUGCUCCAACUUCGAUUUUCUCACCAGGCGCAUCAACAUCUGGUUCGAGGGCUUCAUGCUGUGCUUGAUCGCCUACAACAUCAUGCUCAUCAAGUACACCAGAAGCAUCGACAAGAAGUUGACUCUGGUCGUCAAAUCCAACGGAGGCUACAGUCACACCGUCAAGCCAGCUCCAUCCGCGGAGAUCACUGAAAAACCAGAAAAUUACAUUGUUUAAAUGGAAAUGAACGUACAAUAACACAAAAGAAGACAGUGAACAAAA